AUGCAGCGCACUCCGCCGAAAUCACCAUUGGCGUCAGCAACGAAUCUUUUAAGUGCUACGCAAUUCCAAUCGGAUCCAAACUUAUCAACAGGGGGGGAACACUAUGUUUCACUGCGUAACAAAAGGAAAAGGCAUGAAGAGUCGCAGUCUAACCUAGACGAAUUUAAAGAAGAAAUGAAGGACUUUUUUAAAUCACUUAUGUCUGCACAGCAGAAACAGCUUGAAAAAAACACAGUUACUCUUAAGGAGAUUCAGCGGUCAAGCAGCAACAUAGAGAACUCUGUGGCCUUCUUGACUGCCCAAAAUGAAGAGUUAAAGAAAACAAUUACACAGCUUCAGGAAGAAAGAAAGGAAGACAAAAAACACAUCGCUAUGCUUGAAGACAAAAUAGAAAACAUGCAGAUGGAUGUAAGGAAGACCAAUCUGGAAAUCAAAAACGUGCCAAAAAAACCCAAUGAGUCAAAAGAAGACCUGGUGGAUAUGGUCCUUAAUCUCUCGCGUACUGUUGGAUCCCAAAUCAAAAAGGAAGACAUUAAGGACGUCUUCAGAGUACGAGUUAAAAAGGAAGGGAUACAAAAUCCACCCAUAAUCAUAGAGACCUCGUCAACUUUAAUAAAAAAUGAUGUACUUAAGUUAUGCAAAGCUUUCAAUGUGAGGCAAAAGACAAAAUUAUGUGCCAAACAUCUUGGUCUGAAGACUCACGAGGACACUCCGGUAUUUGUUACUGAGCAGCUAACGGCGAAAGCGGCCCGCAUGUUCUUCCUUGCACGGGACCUCGUCAAGAGCAACUCGUUUAAAUUCUGUUGGACGGCAUAUGGAAAGGUCUACGUCAGGAAAAAUGAAAAUUCGCCUAUUAUUCAAAUAAAAAAUGAAACAGCUAUUCAAGACUUAAGGAAUAACAAAUGA